AUGACUCGUUUAACUUAUUUUUUUGAUAAUAAUAUAACAACGGAUGUGAUGAAUUCCUUAGACUGUCAACAACAUCUUCAUCAAGAAGGAUUGAUUUUACAAAAUGCUUCUGAUUUACAUUAUCGCCAAUUUAGUCCGUUGUUUCAAUGUAAUGAUAUGAAUCCAAAUUCUUUUGAUGAUUAUUCCCUUCAAAUAAAACUAAAUAAUUAUCCUGCCACACAACCUCUUCAUUUUAAUAUGGAUGUUAAUCGAAAUCAAGAUAAUAUGCAGAAGCCACCAGUUUAUACUAAAUGGACUGACAAGGAGGAUGAACUGCUCAAGGAAGCUGUUCAAAUUUAUGGACCUCACAAAUGGUCACUUAUUGCAACACAUGUACCUAACAGAACACCUAUGCAAUGUUCAGCUAGAUGGGUUGGUGCGUUGAAUCCGUCGAUUUUGAAGGGUCGUUGGACGACUCAAGAAGAUAAUGCAUUGCGAGAUGCUGUGAAUCAAUAUAUGAUGAAUUCUAUUGAUUCACAAGGUAAUCCACAACCAAUCCCAUGGAACAAAGUUUCUAAAUGUAUUCCUGCAAGAACUGGUGCUCAAUGUCAAGCUCGGUGGACUGAGGCAUUAGAUCCUCGAAUUAAGAAGGGCAAAUGGUCACCUGAAGAAGAUGAAAUACUUAAAGAAGGCGUUAGAUUAUAUGGUCGUUGCUGGAUUCGUAUUGCUGAAAUGAUAACUGGAAGAACUCAAAGACAAUGUCUGAUGUUAACACCACCAAGUACUACACCUUCCACGCCUGCACAAUCUAUUAAAAAUGUUGUGACGUCAUUACCUUCAAAACCAUCGUCUACCUCAUCAUCUUUAUCAUCGUCUCCAGUCUUUUCUUCACCAUCAUCAUCCUUACCCUCGCCCACAUCAAACAUUCAAGGAGUCAUUAUGCGAUCUUCACCUACUACAAAUAAUGGUGGUAAUAUUUCAGGUCAUCAACAAUUAAUGAUGAUCAACGCAGCCUCAUCUCCUGAGGAACGAUUCUAUAAUAAUAAUUUAUUUUACCAUCAACUCUAUCAAUAUAAUAACAAUCAAAUUUCUUUUUGUUAA